AUUGUAAGCCAAGUCACUGGUAGGUGCCCCAGUGCUCUACAAACCAACAAAUGUGCUUACGUGUACUAUGUUUAUUUUCUUGUAUUAGUGGUAUUAUAUGUGGGUAGAGGUGCUGCAGAAGCAGCUUUGGCUGUGAGAGCCAACCAGAGGAAAGAUUUGAAUGUUUUGAGCAACUGGCAUCACUGUGAGUCUUACUACAGAAGAUGGGUACAAAGUGUGGGCCAGCCUAAAGGUGUGUUUUGUCAAUAAAAAGUUCAAGGAGGUUUUUUUUUGUUUGGUCAGUUUUUUUGUUUUAUGUAUACAUGGCAUCUCAGCCUGUAAAUCUUUUGGUCACUGUGAUUGCAUAUGCCUUCAGAGUUGUUACUUGUCAAGAGCAUUUCUGGCAGUCGAGGGCUUUGAAUUGCUAUGGAAGUAUGAAGUUAAAUAUCACAUAUUUGUUUACAAUGUGGAUGUGCCUUUCUGAAUAUUUGUGCUGUAGACAUGUCUACCCUGUAGUUCCUAUAAGGAUCUGAAAAAAAAUGCAGUCUGACUUCAUGAGAUAGACAGUACAACGAUGUUUAUUAUCUCUUAUAUUUUGCCUGACACCUCAGCCAAGUAAGUCAAACAGUUAAGUGGAAAGCAAUUAACCUCUUCACCUUCCUUAUCUUCUGCAGCUAAGUAAUCCUCGUCUUAUUCACUGCUUCACAACAUUUCCAUCUUCAGUAUACUAAGACAAUUAAGCAAAAUCACAGCAGAAGUAAGACCUUUAGCAGUGGCUUCAUGACAUUUGUGAAAUGAAUGGAUGGGAACACAGACAGUCUCCUAUCAUUUGGAGAGAACUGUUGGACCGUGGAGGGAAAGGUCAGCUUCUGGGAGGACUUAAAGAUUUUCUGGAAUAUGCUCAGCAAUAUUAUGGCAUCACUUCUAUGAUGUUGAGUAAAGAAAUGUUAGACAUUGCUGAGGAGAACCUACAGGCUCAUCUUGAAAUUGUAAAAGAGGAUGAAGAGAUUAAAAGUCUUAUCAAGCCCAUGCAGAUCUGGAUCACCAGUGCAUCAACUCCAAUCUGUUAUCAACUGAUCCCUCUGUUGGCAAAUGGAGAAGUGUUUGGGAUGACCACAGAAAUCAGUAUCCAUUUGCUUGACACUGGCCAGUUUAAGGAAGUUCUUUGCAGUAUUGUAAUGGAAGCUGAAGACAUGGCGUUCCCACUUCUCCGCAGUAUUUUGGAGCACACUGAAAUAGAUGAGGCUUUUAUUGAAGCUGAUGUUAUUAUUAUUCUUGAUGAUGUCCUCUUAAACCUUGAAGUCCAGUCCCUUGAGAACUACAUCAGAGAAGUGAGUGAGAUAUGUCAAAUGUACGCUCCCUUGAUUGAGAAGAAUGCCAAGAGUGAGGUCAGAGUAAUUUCAUCAGGAAAAACCUUUGCAAAUCUUAAGGCGACGCUGAUUAUGACGUACGGCCCAUCCAUUAAGCCUGAAAAUAUCAUUGCUGUUGCAACAUCCUGGGAAAGUGCAGCUAAAGCCACGCUGGCCAGGAAGCUGAAUAUGAGCACAGCAGGAGUUAAAGACGUGAUUGUUUGGGGCAAUAUUACUGGCUCUAACUACAUUGAUUUGUCACAUGCAAAACUUUAUGGAUAUGACUCUGCUAUUUGGGGCCCAGCUAAUUUUCAACGUCCUUUGUUGAAUAUGAUUUAUGAUAGGGAAUGGAUCCAUUCAGAAUUUCUAUCUGCACAGGGUUCACUGCGUUCCCGAGUUGGUCGUUGCACAGGAAUGUUACCUGCUCAUGCAGUAACCACUGUACUGCAGUACUGGUAUCACGGCUCUCCUCCUGGGGAGAUUGUUUCUGUGGGAGUACUUAGUGAAGGUCAGUUUUGCGUUCCUGAAGGAAUUAUCUUCUCUAUGCCAGUGAGCUUCCAGAAUGGUAACUGGGAAGUCAUAAAAGAAUUAGAAAUUGAUGGAACGACACAAAAAGUUCUGGGACGCUUAGCCCACGAGCUAAUUCAGGAAAAGCUUGUUGCACUAAAGGAAAUAAAAGAAAUACAUCCAUAUGGAGAAGGCUAAGACCCCCACAUCUUUUCCCAAGUUUUUCUGUGCUGCUUUUCCUACCUAAUUUGCUUUUCAAGUUGUCUGUCCUCAUUCAUCAAAAUAAGAGUAGAUGAAUUUAAAAGUGUGUUUUAGUUCUGUUUUUUCACUUUUCCCCUAUUCUCAGGUUCUGAAAUCCCUGCGCUUUUCCAAUGUUAUAGCGAUUUCUUUCUACUUUUAAGUCAUACAGACCUUUUUUCUAGUUAGUUUUCUUUCUCCCUUCCUUCAAAUUCUUUCCAGUACUUUUAUAUCAGCACUUACCAUACUAUGAGCUGUUCUUCUCCACUAAGGGCAGGCUGAAGAAUGGGAAAACUGUUUGGAGCUUGAUGCCCAGAGCCUGUAGCGAGCACAUAAGCCUUUUGGUUAUCCAUGCUUUUUUCUUGGGAAAGAACUACAGACACAAUAAAAUAUUCUUGAUAAUA